UAAAGCGGACAGUCUGUGAACAGGAGGGAGCCAGAAGGGAGCAUGGUACCGACUCCGCACCAGCCUCCUCCUCCGCUCUGCGCACACCGCCCCGCCGAGCCCCCUGCUGCCUGCGCCGCCGCCGCCGCCGCCUCCUCGUCGCCCAGGCUCCGGAGCCAUCUGAGCCGCUGGGCAGCAGCUGAGAGGCAGCCCCAGAGGUGCGGGGCUUCGCAUUAGUGGGGGGGAGGCUGCAAUGCAUAAGCCGCCGCCUCCUCUUCCUUCUGCCGCCGCCGCUGUCUGUGUGCAUCCUCCCCCAGCCUGAAGAAGCCACCGUGCAGCCGCUUCGCCUGCCAAGGACACGAGCCCGCGUUUGCCCCCCCCGGUGCGCACCGCCCAGCGGGGAGAGGUAGCCUGGUUUCCCAGAAACCACCUGCUAAAUGCAAGGGUUUGCUGUCCUGCAGUUUACUUACUGUAUUGCCAGAGAUUGAAUUUGACACAGAUUCUGGAAACCACAAGGAUUGGCUACAAGCAUUGUCUUUGGAGAGACAUCUAGGAAGCACUUGACCUGGGGCGAGCUCUCGAGUUCCCUUUGAGAAGAAGCCAUAGUCGAUCGAGAUGUCACGGCACCACAGCCGAUUUGAAAGAGAUUAUCGCACUGGGUGGGAUCGCCGAGAAUGGAGCUCCAAUGGGAAUCAUGUGAACAGCAGUAACUGUAACAGUACAGCGAGCAGCAACUGCAACAACAGACCUGGGCUGUUGCCUUUGCCAAUUGUUCCCUCUCGACUACCUACUCCAGCCACAGCUGCUUGCACCACAGUGAACAGCGACGUGAUAACGAGCCUUGUGGCCAACUCAUCUGCAGCUUCAACUACCAAAACGCCUUGCAUUUCCAAGACUGAAAAUCAGCCUCAAGGACUUGCAACUAGUGUUAGGUGGGGACAGACACCCAUCAAUCAGUCUACACCCUGGGACACAGAUGAACCACCCUCUAAACAGAUGAGGGAGAAUGAAAACCCAGGUACAGCACCAUGGGUUACAACAGUUGCAGCCGGUAGCCAGCCAACUCUUAUAACUCAUUCAUAUGGAAUGACUCAGCCUCCAACCUUCAGCCCAGCAGUGAACGUCCAAGCCCCUGUCAUUGGAGUUACACCCUCACUCCCUCCUCACGUUACCCCUCAGCUUCCAUUAAUGCCAGCUCAUUAUCAGCUUCAACAGCAGCCUUCACAGCCUCUGAAUAACAUGGUUGUGAACCUGCAAAGCCAGCCUUUGUACACUAACAGCCAGCCAAUCAUGUCCUCUAUGACUGGGGUUGGUCAGGUGACUCACCCAGGCCACACUGCAGUAGGGAAUGGUCAUAUGACUUGUCCUAUUCUGCCUCCACCACCACCUGCUCUGCCUUCAGCUGCCCUACCCAAUAGUGUUCCAGCUACCAAUGGGCAGGCUGCUCCUCAGCUUCCUCCCAACCAGACGGGCAAUCAGGAGACCACAAACGGGGUACAAAUGCUACGGACUAUUGGCGUUGGAAAGUACGAGUUCACAGACCCUUGGCAUCCAAAAGAAAUGUUGAAGGAGUUGAACCAGCAACGCAGAGCGAAAGAGUUUACAGACCUGAAAAUUAUUGUUGAAGGCAAAGAGUUUGAAGUCCACCAAAAUGUUCUAGCUUCCUGCAGCUUGUAUUUCAAGGACCUGAUUAAAAGGUCACCACGAGACAGUAGCAGAGGCGGGGAGAAGCUGGAAUUGGCCAUGUCAAACCUCACUGCAGAAGUCCUGGAAUUACUACUGGAGUUUGUUUAUACAGGUUCUUUGAUCAUAGAUUCUGCCAAUGCAAAAACUCUUCUGGAGGCUGCCAGCAAGUUCCAGUUUCAUACUUUCUGUAAAGUCUGUGUGUCAUUUCUAGAAAAACAAUUGACUGCCAGCAACUGCUUAGGAAUAUUAGCCAUGGCUGAAGCUAUGCAGUGCAGUGAACUAUACAACAUGGCCAAAGCAUAUGCCCUACAAAUUUUCCCAGAGGUGGCCAAUCAGGAGGAGAUCCUUAAUAUCUCCAAAGACGACUUCAUUUCCUACAUGUCCAAUGACAGCCUGAACACCAAAGCAGAAGAGCUGGUGUACGAAACAGUGAUAAAAUGGAUUAAGAAGGACGCUGCACUAAGAGCUCAGUAUGCUGCGGAGUUGCUGGCAGUGGUCCGCCUCCCCUUCAUCCAUCCCAGUUAUCUGCUAAACAUUGUUGACAAUGAGGAGUUGAUAAAGUCUUCAGAGGCCUGCCGGGAUCUAGUGAACGAAGCAAAACGUUAUCACAUGCUCCCACAUGCCCGACAAGAGAUGCAGACACCAAGAACCCGGCCCAGGCUAUCAGCAGGUGUGGCCGAGGUAAUAGUCUUAGUGGGAGGUCGUCAGAUGAUUGGCAUGAACCAACGAGCUUUAACGGCAGUCACUUGCUUAAAUCCUCAAAACAAUAAAUGGUACCCAUUGGCCAGCCUGCCUUUCUAUGAUCGGGAGUUUUUCAGCGUAGUCAGCGCUGGAGACAACAUCUAUCUUUCAGGUGGCAUGGAGUCUGGUGUCACACUCUCUGAUGUCUGGUGUUACAUGUCCUUACUUGAUAACUGGAAUCUCGUAUCCCGAAUGACAGUCCCAAGGUGUCGGCACAACAGCCUGGUGUACGAUGGGAAAAUUUAUACCAUUGGAGGCGUUGGUGUGGCAGGCAAUGUUGAUCAUGUGGAAAGGUAUGACACAAUCACCAAUCAGUGGGAGACAAUAGCUCCUCUGCCAAAGGCUGUGCAUUCUGCAGCUGCCACUGUUUGUGGUGGCAAGAUCUACGUGUUUGGUGGGGUGAAUGAAGCUGGUCGUGCCGCUGGAGUCCUUCAGUCAUAUGUCCCUCAGACUAAUGCAUGGAGUUUUAUAGAGUCUCCAAUGAUCGAUAACAAAUAUGCUCCUGCAGUCACUCUCAAUGGGUUCAUCUUUAUUCUUGGAGGCGCUUAUGCAAGAGCAACCACCAUCUAUGACCCAGAGAAAGGCAAUAUUAAAGCAGGUCCCAACAUGAACCACUCCAGGCAGUUCUGCAGUGCUGUGGUUCUUGAUGGAAAAAUUUAUGCCACCGGUGGAAUUGUUAGCAGCGAAGGACCUGCGCUGGGGAAUAUGGAAGCUUAUGACCCUAAGACAAACACAUGGACACUUCUCCCCAAUAUGCCAUGCCCUGUGUUUCGACAUGGCUGUGUAGUUAUUAAAAAGUACAUUCAGAGUGGUUGAUGCUACCAAGGAGUUGGAUGGAGAACUAGUUUUGCCUGCCCAAAGCAGGCAAGAAAUAAAAAAAAGCUAUUACAACAAAAAUAAAUAAAAUUAGAAGAACAAAAACACAAAAGCAACGAACAUAUUGCUCUAAAGUUUUGAAUAUUCUCUACAUUGAAUGUAGAAAAUCAUCUUCACCUUUUGGUGAACAAGGAGCAGAGAGCUCCGUGCUAUGUAAGAUAGUGUAACUUAAUAAUACAAGUGUGUCACUAGAUGUUGUAGUGGCACUUGUUACGGAUGUAGGCUUUUGGUCAACCCAGGUGCAAUAGAAUUUCACAUAUUUUUUAACUAGGGGAAGAGAAAAAUCUGCAUUUUACUCCUAGAGAGCAAGCUUGAUUCUUAAAGUAACUGUGCAGAAGAUUUGUUUUAAUAUUACACAUUAGGCAUCAGACUAUUUGAAAGAAGGUCAAAGUGUCCUUAUCACUUUGAUUCCCACAUUUGUUUUUAACAAAUACAUGCUUUUCAAUACCAAUGACUGAGAUAUAUCUUGUGUGACAGCUGGCGUAGGUCAAUGUCAGUCUUCCAUCAGAUCAAAUAAAUACUGCAGUUCUCUAGAGCAACACCAAAAAAGGAGAGAGAGAGAGAACUGAUUGUAACAGCACUCUAUGUGGAAAAAGGUUUCUUGGGUUGUAUGGACUUCUGCCCCCUACAUGGCAGCAUUUGUAUGUUAGGAGUGGAGAGUGGUUUCUAUCUUGUUUUCUAGGGUAUGAGCAAAACUUGACAGUGCUUGCAACCUCCAAUGCAAAUUUUUUUUUAGAUUCCAGAGGCAUUUUCUUGAUUAAACUAACCUCUUUAAAAUAUUCUGAUUGGAAUCAUGUUAAUAAAAACAAACAAUAUGAUGUGGGAUUUCCACGAUUUCAGUAAGUUAUUUAAGAAGCUGCCUCGUGUUAUGGUUUAUAUACUCAUUUUUGGAUCAUAAUCAGGAUUCCUUAUGUUGGGAUAUAUGCCACUAUCUUUGUUUUUAAAUUACAUCUAAGAGGACAUCUUAAAAAAAAAAAAAAAAUCUUAUCUCCCAAUUAAAAGAUAUGGAAGUCUUAAAUGCAAACUUCUCUCAUUAAGAAGCAUCAGAAUGUUUCAGAAUAAAAACAUUCACAUGUUUUAAACACACAAGUUUAAAUCCCAUAAUAGAAAAUGCAUUGGGUGAAGCCCAGUAUAAGAGAGACAGAAUGAUUACUGUGUAGAGUUGUAAGUAUAUGCACAGCACAGGGGUUAUAUUUUUAUAUAUAUAUAUAUAAAAACAUUGUCUAUCCAGAGAAGCAUUGUGAUGUGAAAAUUCUUUAUAAAUUUGUAAAUGGAAUGAUCAAAUGGGAGAUGAGCAGAGAGAUAUAAUGGGGGAAAACAGAUUCUUACAGUUAACAAAUGGAAAAUAACCCUGAGCAGAUGAUUUGUGUGAUUUCUUUCCAAACAGAACAGCAGAAAGAGAAAGAGUUGCUACAUUUGCCUUCACAGUUUUAGAUUCUAAAUGCCAUGGUGGUAAUUCUGUGGAGAGAUUCCUUUACAGAACGUGUGUAUGAUACACACUAUGGUCAAUAUCUAGUUGAAUUUCAUACCAAAUAUGUUAGCCUUUUUGUAUCAGGGGAGGUCUGGUUACAACUUUGGGGAAAACAAUGCAGAUGGUUAGCCAAUCACCUUAAAGUUAUUUUAUUAAUAAUUGUUUAUAAAAGAACAAAAUAGGAUGAAAUUUGUAUCUUGCAGUAUUUAAAAAUAAUGUGCUCAGUCAGGUUAUAGGGUGACUCGCGUCUCUCUCAUUUUGAUAGUGAAGUUCCAACCUUUGUUAUGCAGUUGUUUUGAUUAUUUAUUCUUUAGAGAAAAAAAUAAGCACAACAAAAUUAUAUACAUAAUAUGUCAUUUAAAGUAUUUAUGUCAAACAGGGUACAAGUGUGAACCUAAAGAUUGGAGCACAAGUUUCUAACUGCCUGGGGCAGGACUAAUUUUAGUGUUGGUGUGUGUCUACCUCCAAAGGAGGUGCUAGCAGUCAACAAGACCUAACACAUUCAACAUUUCCAAUUUAGCUUAUUUCUUCAUUUCUCACACUGGAGCAAAACUGGCUAUUUCUGUGACUAAUAUAAAACAACCAGGGUUCUCUGUAAUGGCAUUGUAUAUAGUUUAUGUUUACUGUUAAGUUGUUAUAUUAUAAUAAAUAUAUUUAUAGAUCUAGAUUCAUCAUCCAGAUUGGAUUAAUUUUGUUAAGAGUGAACACAAGGCAAUGCCACAUUAAUGUUGACAUUAAUUUUCCUUGCAAUCAUGGAGGAAAAUGCUUUUGUUCCAGCUAGAUCUCUCUCUGGUCUAAUUUUUCUUGCUAAUAUUUAACUGACUACUAACUUCCAACAUACCUGCAUCCUAGUUU